CCCCACCUCCGGAUCACUGCGUUUCACGUCGCCCACACUUGCUUAGACUCAGCUCCACCCACCGUGAAUACGAAGAACGCUCAUGUUGUGAAACGGCACACUUUCACGAAGCCCAUUCACAGCUUUUCACAAUUUUCGCGGGUUGUGUUUGCGGGCAGACGUCUUGCCGUGAGAUAAGCGUUCAUCUUGAGAACAUCAGUUUCGUUUGCUUCACGACUGUGUAGUGUGAGUAUCCCGCGCGAGACGCACGUCCCUGUUAUCUCGCGUUUUUGCCCUUUCAUACUGGCUAGAGUCUCCUAGCCUUCUUGCAAGUACUCCUUUCUAGUGCUUACUUGUCGAGGCUUGGGCGAGGUCCGUAAUUCUGCGGGUAGAAGGUAUGCAAUCUGGCAACAUGGAUGCCGCAAAGGUGUCUUUUGCACCGGCCGGGCCGAGCUCAAAUCCAGUGGGCGCAAAUGACGCGAUUGGAGUUGGUGAUUCUGUACCACGGCCAAUGCCGCAGGCUGCAACGGCGGAUGACCAAGUCAAAGUUGCUGGGCGCUUGAGCCAUGGUAUCAAGCCUGAAAUUCAGAAUGUGGUUGCGACUACAAACCUCGACGUCAAACUAGAUCUGAAACGUAUUGCCCUUCGGGCGAGAAAUGCGGAAUACAACCCAAAACGCUUUGCUGCGGUCAUCAUGCGAAUUAGGGAGCCGAAAACCACAGCUUUAAUUUUCUCCUCCGGGAAAAUUGUGGUUACUGGAGCGAAGUCGGAAAACGAGUCCAGCCGCGCGUCAAGAAAAUAUGCGAAGAUUGUCCACAAACUUGGAUACGACAAAGCGAAGUUCAAGGAAUUUACUGUGCAGAACAUUGUCGCCAGUUGUGACGUCCAUUUUCCGGUCCGCCUCGAGGGUUUGGCCCACGCACAUAACCAAUUUUGCAGCUACGAACCCGAACUAUUUCCAGGUCUGAUAUACCGAAUGCUUAAGCCGAAGAUUGUCCUGCUGAUUUUCGUUUCAGGAAAGGUGGUGCUGACUGGGGCGAAAGUGCGGCAGGAUAUUUAUGAUGCAUUUGAUAACAUCUAUCACGUGCUUCAAACAUUCCGGAAGCCGAAACCGUGAAAAAUCUCACUUGCAUCAUGUUUCGUGACUGCUAUUGACUUCCAAUUCACAUCUUUUGUUCGACGUAUUCCGAUGUCGAGGACUUCACGCCACCGUCGAUAUCGGUCUUCAUCUUGAUAUGCAAACUAAACCAAAAAGAUAGACUUAGGACCAGUUUUUGAGGGCAAGUAGAAUUUGCACAGUUUCACUAAAAACCAAUUUACUGUCUUG